AUGGAUAUUAAAUUAAAGUAGUAUACCUAGUAUAGCGUAGAUUUUAAUCCAGAGUACUAUGUUCACUCUUAUAAUACAAACGUUUCUAUAGAUAGCGCCGAUAACAGCCCAGAUGGAGAGUUAAUUUGUGUGGGAGGAAGCUAAUAAUUAAAAAUAUUAAGCUUAAAGGAAUCUAAUACAGGCGAGAUAUAAAUUGAAUAAAAUAAAUCAUUAGCAUCAGGUAAUGUUAAUGUAAAUCAUGUAAGCUGGUGCCACAAAAAUAAAAAUUUUAUAGCAACUUCUUACUAAGUUGGCAAUAAAUUAAAUGUUUAUGAUUUGAGCAAAGGGUAAGUUUCUUAGACUUUCAAGGAGCACACCUCAAUGGCACAUAAAGUUUAUUGGCAUCCUGAAGAUGAAAACAUACUUAUUAGUGCAUCAAGAGAUAAAACAGUAAAGAUCUGGGAUAAAAGAAGUUAAAACUCAACCCAUACAUUUACGUUGAGAGACUCAGCAUAAGAUGUUAAGUUUUAUCCAAAGGAGCCUUAACAUAUUGUAACAGGAGAAGAAAAUGGAUAAAUAUAGUUGUUUAGCAUCCACAACACUUAGCAGGCUAUAUCAUAAACAAAUAAGCAUAUUUAAACAGUUUAUUGCAUUGAUUUUAAUCCUAAUUAACCUUCCUAUUUUGCCUCAGGCAGCUUAGAUAAAAAAGUUUCAAUAUGGAAAAUAGAUGGAAAUAAAUAAAUUUCAGAAUUAACUAAAUAUAAUCACAUUGUAGGAGUUGGAUAAGUUAAGUGGUCUAUUUCAGAUCCUAGGGAACUAAUAGUAAGUGGGUUCAAUAUGAAUAAUGAAAUUCAUGUAGUAAAUUUGUAAUAUCCUUAUCGUCCUUACAAAAUAUACAAUGGACAUACAGAACAAGUAACAGCUAUUCUCUUUAAAAAUGAAAAAUAUCUCAUAUCUUGCUCAAAAGGAAAAUAAGGAACGAUACUAACUAGAUUGAUUAGUAAUGGAUACAAGCCAUAUGAUUUUAUUCCUAGAAAUUUAAUAACGAUUGAUUUAAAUAAUAAUAUUGGCUUUAAACUGGGUUAGCAUGAUACUGAAUAAAAUUUAGCUUAUAAUGAAUUAAACAAAACUGGAAUGAAGAGUUUUUUUACUCAGUUAAGUAAAAAUAAUGAUGAUAGAUUGCCUCCUCAUUCAGUUGGGAUUUGUGAGACUUUGAAUAACAAAGAUUUUACUGAUCCGAAAGAAGAAUUAAUAUUUUUUGCCAAAAAUUAUAAAAUUGAAGCAAAUAUAACUUUGAGAGAAAAAGCAGAAUAUAAUUCAAAGAUAGCCAAACUGAAAAAUAAAUUAUACACUUCUAAACUUUGGAUUGAGUUUGCAGAUAUCUUUUGCCCCAAAACAGCUGAAGACUAGUCAGAAAUAUAAAAAAAUAAAUAAAAAUCUGACCCAAAAGUUGAAGAGAGCAAAAAAGAAGCUCCACUAACUAAUGGGUAGUUAAGCAAGCAAAACUAAAAUAAUGAAGGAUUAAAAAUUAAUCAGCUAUAAAAUAAUGAGUAAAUCAAAGAAGAGCUUGAUCCAGAAUUAAUUUUUAAAUAUUUUGAGAAUAAUCAGAGUGGUCUUAUUCAAGCUCUUAACAAUGAAGACUUAAUUCACUAAAAUGACAAUACACUAAUUAUAAGUCAGUAUCUAAAGGAAUAAAUUUUGCAAUAAAACUCACAAGAAAAAACAUAAAAAUAAAAAAUUAAAUUGGCAAAUGGAGAGAUUCAUCCUACUGUUAUGAAAAGCUGUGUAGAUUCAUUGUAAGAAUUGAUAGAUUUAGGUGAACUCUAAAGUGCUGUAGUAAUUUCUUUAGUUUUUGGAGAGAGUCUAGUGAUUGACUAGCCAGUUAAAACUUAAUGGGGUGUCGAUUUAGUUGAGUUGUUCAGAAGUUAUAGGCUCUAUAAUUAUGCUAAUUAUUAUGAUAUCUUUAUAAGUAAAGACUUGAAAGUUAUAUAGACAAAAAAGUAAUUCCUUACUAAAUGCGUGUGUGGUAAAUCACUAGAUGGACCUAAAUGCGAUAGUUGUAAUAAGAUUAUCAAAUGCUCUUAUUGUAAAUUACCUGUGAAGGGCUUGCUGUUAUGGUGUUAGGUAUGUGCACAUGGUGGACAUGCAAAAGAAUUAUCAUAAUGGUUUAAAACUAAUACAGAAUGCCCAACAGGUUGUGGUCAUAACUGUUUUUCUUCAUUAAAAAUGAAAUGA